AUGGAUCUCGUUUCGAGCAUCCGAAAAUCAGGCUCGCGCGGCGGCGUCAACUUCAGCUGGGAUGAAGUCGCCAGCUCGUCGCACCGCGAAAAUUACCUCGGACACAGUCUCAAGGCGCCCGUGGGCCGGUGGCAGCAGGGGAGGGAUCUGGAAUGGUACGCCAAGGGUCCCGGGGGCCCUGCGCGCGAAGGGGAGACGGAUGAGGAGAGGGCGGAAAGGGAAAGGAAGGAAGAGUUGAGGAAGGUGAAGGAGGCGGAAGAGGAUGCUAUGGCGAGGGCUUUGGGGUUGCCUUUGCCUGUUAGGGAUGCGUCGGGGGCUAAUGCCGUGGAGGUUGGGGAGGGAAGAGGACUUGGCGGGGGUGAGGAUGCGGACGGGGAAGAGAAGGGGGAAGGAAGAAGGGAGAGAAGACGUGACGAGGCAGGAAGGAGAGAGAGGAGGAGGGACGAUGGUGAUAGGAGGGAAAGGAGGAGCGAUCGGGGAGCGGAGAAAGACGACUGCAUCGGAGGCCAAAUCGAGAUCGAGGCUAUGGGCGAGACCGGUCACAAUCGAGAGACAGGCCGCACCGCCAUUAGGGGGCUACAAGAUCAAAUUAACGAGCAAGACGACUCCAAUCGUGGGUCUUAA